AUGUCCCACAAACCGUAUACCCCGCCCUCGCCGCCGACCCGCGUCGAUAUCCCCCCCGUCCAGCCGUCCUCCGCGGCGGCUACGUCGCCGUCGUCGUCUUUGUCGUCCACCCGCUCGCUCGGCUCGCUGCCCUUCCCGGCUGGUGCGGCGGCGUGGCUGAUGGCCGUGUUCAGCGACCACGCCCACAUCGUCCCGCCAUCGUGCUCCUCGGCGAGCCUGCGAUGCUCCCCGAAGCUCAGGGUCCCAGAGCACGGCAAAGGCGGGCGGAAACCAGUCCCGCGCGAGGAAGCCCGCCCUCCACGUACCCUGAGGCUGGCUGAGGCGAAUAGCUCCGGCGAGGGCCCGGCGAGGUGGACCGUCGGGGCCGGGCUGGCGGUCUGCGAGGUAGCGCGUGGCCAGCGGAAUUUUAUACUCAAAUGA